AUGACAGUGGAAGGACAGAUCAAGAACAACGCUAAUGGCUCAUUCGAGAACGUCCUGAUUUUCCUCGAUUCGGGGGCUCAAUGCAAUUUGAUUGCUGCCAGCCUGGCUGACGCGCUCGCUCUUCCGCGAGGUGACCCAUACCAAUGCACAAUGCACGGAAUUGGAGGAACUGCUCAAACCUAUACGGCGCAGCAAGUGACAGCCGUUUUCAGAACGCGGUUCGGAGAAACUCUCGCCAUUAAUUUGAGCACCAAACCUGUGCUCACGAACGCAUUUCCUGCCGCUACACUUACGGAUUUGGAUGUGCAAUUCCUCAAACGAAACCGUAUCUUCCUCUCAAAUACCGCCACGAAUGGUCAGUUAGUCACACCUGCGGUUUUAAUCGGAGUCGAGUCCUACGAACAAAUUGUCCUCCUGGACUCGCCUCCAACAAAAUUACCAUCCGGUCUUUUAGCUCAGGAUACUGUUUUCGGGCCUGCUUUGUUCGGAAAGUCAGACAUUCCCCACUUAAACGCUUGCUCCCAACAAGUGGUUCUAGCAUGUCCCGAAGCAAUAUCAGAUAUCAAACAAGAACUAAAGGAAAUAGUGCCGCGCAAUAUCGGCCUGACACUUCAUGACGGAAAAGGUUCAACACUAUGGGUAUUCGGUGAUGCAAGUCAGCUGGCAAUAUCCUGCUGCAGCUACGUUACUCACCCACCCAGCAAUCAAACAAAGGGCUUAUUGUGCGCAAAAACACGGCUCGCUCCAAAAGAAAGACAAUUAACCAUCCCAAGGCUCGAACUUCUUGCCAUUUUGAUAUCUCUCCGAUUGGCAAAAACCAUACUACGAUCGUACCAAGGUCGCAUAACUAAGGUUUAUAUUGUGAAUGAUAGCAAAAUAGCAUUAGCCUGGACACAAACCUCAAGAAGGCUUCCUCUUUUCGUAGCUAAUCAGGUGGACAGAAUCAAAAAGCUUCACCAUUCUAUCCAAGAACUCGGAAUAUCAUUACAAUUGAGCUACAUUGAGUCCGAAAAUAAUCCUGCUGAUAUCGCGACUCGGCCUGUAGCUAAAGGACAGUUCAAGGCUAGCGAAUGGCUCUCAGGUCCUCAAUGGUUUAAAUUACAACCAAAUGAUUGGCCAAUUGACUCAUCAUGGGAGCCGAAUUCGAGCGACCAAAUCAGCGCUGCGACAACAUGCGCACCCACGGUCAAAGCACCACCACAACGAACUCACGCCAUUAUCGACACCUCGCGCUUCCGAUACUACUCACGAGCCUUGUGCACACUGGCGCGCGCAAUGAAAGCACUGUCAUGCUGGAUUGCGAGAGUCAACGCGCGAAACAACAGAACCACCGCGCUUCCGCUGCUACAACGCUUCCUUCCAGACAAUGAAAUUACGUCCAGUGAGCUGAAGGCCGCGGAACAAUUCUACUGA